CUCAGCGAGUUUCUCCUAGCUUGCCCCACCGCCAUCAAGGAAGUGACCAUUCGAGGAGAAACAGCUGUGCAUCUCGCUGUGUUAAGAAACAAGUUUCCGGCUUUUAAAGUUCUAAUGGGUUGGCUCUACCGGACUGGCAACAAAAAAAUAUUGGACUGGAAAGAUAACGAGGGAUCCACAGUGUUGCACAUUGCUGCAGAAACAGGUCAAGUUGAGGUUGUAAAGAUUUUAGCAAAGGAACUAGUGCGUCUUAAUAUUAGGAAUCGGUAUGAUAUGACAGCUCUUGCUAUUGUUGAGGAGCGAAUAACAUAUUCACAGAAUCAUUCAGCUUUCAGUGUUGAUUCGAACCAAGAAUAUGUGAAUAUUCAGAAAAUAUUGCAUAAAGUUGGUGCCAUGAAGACAUCAGACCUUCCUAAGAACUUUAAAAUGGCGGAUCUUCUUCAAGAAAUUCCACGUUUCAUUGACCUCGCCAACGUAAUCCGAUCACAAGCAGCAGUAAUUGUGGAUUCGCGUAAAGGAUUAACAGAGGAUGUGCGAAAUGCAUACCUGGUAGUUACUAUUCUACUUGUAACAGCUAGUUUUCAAGCUGUUCUCAGUCCUCCAGGUGGCGGUUGGGAAAGGAAAGACGACGACACUAAUAACAAUAAUACGUCUCUGGUUAUGCCUGCCAACACAACCAAUUCCUCAAUCCAGAGACAAUCAUUUCCAAUCAGAAGGGGCCCAAAAAAAGGUCUUUUUUACCCAUUUUUAAUAAUGAAUUCGAUUACUUUUGCUCUUGCUAUCGCUCUCACUUUUACGCUGCUGCCCUUCCAUGUUGAAACCACUGCAUUGUUGCUAUGGUCACUUCUGUUUCUCAUGGUCACCUAUUCAAUGUCUGUUAUGCUCAUAUCACCAAAUGACAACGACCAGUGGAUUAUCGCGGCUGCAUGUUCAUUUGCUGCACUAUUCGGAGUUCAUGGAUUUUUUAUUUUUUCCAAGCUUACACAAGUUGCUGGAUCAAGGUGGAUACCAAUACCCUGUGUUACCAAUUUUAUUCGCCGGACACGUACUAGAGAUCUUAAAAGAUAUCACAUGGAAAGGAAAGUGCGUCUAAGCAAAUACAAGAGUACUUGA